AGUUUACUUGCUGCUGGUGUACUUGGUUACGGCCUUAGUUCCUUCACUCACGGCGUGUUUAGCCAGUUCACCGGGCAAAAGCAGCCUGAUAGCAGUCUGGAUCUCGCGAGAGCUGAUGGUCGACUUUUUGUUGUAGUGGGCAAGGCGAGAAGAUUCCGUGGCGAUGCGCUCGAAGAUGUCGUUGACGAACGAGUUCAUGAUGCCCAUGGCUUUGCUGGAGAUACCAGUGUCAGGGUGAACUUGCUUCAACACCUUGUAGAUGUAGAUAGCAUAGCUUUCCCUUCUCUUUCCUCUCCUCUUCUUCUUUCCAUCAGCAAUGGCUUUAGCCUUUCCGGCUUUUUUCUCGCCUUUCUUUCCUGCAACUUUGGCUGGCAUCUUGGUAAAUCACAAAGAUGAAUAAGUUUACAGCGCAACUCGUCUUGUAUUUAUAACAGAAUUGUAAGAGGAUCUAUUACCAUACGGAUCGAAAUUCUCGAUAAAUGAUUGGCUAAUUUCUAUGCUGACCCUGGGGUCAAUUAGUAUUGUCAUUCUUUCUAUGCCGGUAUUAAGAAAUUUUAAAAACCACAACAUGCUUAAAAUUGAUUGGUGCUUUUCGAUCCAUCUUGCAUAACAAACGAACCAUAAAUCACAGGAUUAUGUGUAAUUCCAUCAUUUUCGGUGAAAUCAUAUCAUAGCUAACAUGUCUGGUCGCGGUAAAGGUAAAGCUAAAGGCACCAAGUCCAAGAGCCGCUCAUCACGAGCAGGGCUUCAAUUUCCUGUAGGUCGAAUCCACCGUCUUCUCCGCAAAGGCAAUUACGCUGAGCGAGUUGGUGCCGGUGCUCCAGUGUACUUGGCUGCUGUGCUUGAAUAUUUGAGCGCUGAGAUUCUUGAGUUGGCGGGCAACGCUGCUCGUGACAACAAGAAGACAAGAAUCAUUCCCCGUCACCUUCAGCUGGCUGUGCGCAAUGACGAAGAGUUGAACAAACUGCUGGCUGGUGUCACCAUUGCACAAGGAGGCGUUCUUCCUAACAUCCAGGCUGUGCUUCUGCCCAAGAAGACCGAGAAAAAACCUAAGGCUUAAAUCAACUUCAACCUUAAAAAACGGCUCUUUUAGGAGCCACCACAUAAUACAAAAGUCUUGACCAACGAGACAAGUCGCUAACCUAUUCAACAACAACAACAAAAUCAAAUAUAAUAUCACUUCGAUACUUUUCCGCGCUAGUUUCCACCAACGGGCUGAUAUUUUUAGAGCCCUUAAAUUUGGAUGAGGGAAAAAUCAAGUUUUUUACAGGGUUCAUUUAAAUGUACGCUUAAAAGAUCAGAGAAAUUUUUCAUAUAAAUAUAUAAAAAGGAAAUCAGGGUUAGGAAUUUCAUUGCCUCGAACGAUUUCGGCUCCCGCACCUCAAUCAUUAGCGGGCUCAAAAGUCGCGCCAUUUUCAGUGUUACAAAAUAUACAAUAAAAAUUUUUUGGAAGCUUAAAAGAUCCACUGAUUUUAUAUGAUUUUCUCUUUAGAAGGAAAGAAGAAGCGCAACCUUUAAAAAAUAUCUGUCUCUGAGUGAUUUGACAAAGAACGCGAAAAUGGGGGGAUUGUUUGCGCGCUAAAUAUUUCAGCCGUGACCCGCGAGUAUUUGAAAAAAGUAACGCACUUCCAAGAGGAGAAUCGAUCUAUGGCUCUAACAAAAGCCAAAUAGGGAUGGUACAAGAGAAGUAUUGGAGUUUUUUUCCAAAUUAUCAAAGAGCGAGAUAUAUAUGCGAUUUAAUUCGCGUCAUAAAUGUAAACACUUAAUUGAUCAUGACUUUCUCUAUAUUUGGUGGCUCCUAAAGGAGCCGUUUGUUUUGUGUCAGGAGGUUAUGUCUAACCGCCAAAGCCGUACAAAGUGCGGCCUUGUCUCUUCAGAGCGUACACCACAUCCAUGGCUGUCACAGUCUUCCUCUUGGCGUGCUCGGUGUAUGUCACAGCAUCACGGAUCACGUUCUCAAGGAAAACUUUAAGGACACCACGGGUCUCUUCGUAGAUCAGACCAGAGAUUCGCUUGACACCGCCUCGGCGAGCAAGACGACGAAUGGCUGGCUUGGUGAUACCUUGGAUGUUAUCACGAAGGAUUUUUCGGUGACGCUUGGCGCCUCCUUUUCCGAGACCUUUACCUCCUUUGCCACGACCAGACAUGUUGAUUAUCACUCGUGUGUUUGAGUUAUGGCAAUUGGACGAACGUUAUUAGUUUUUAUACAGAAAGAUGAGACCUCUUAGAAAACAGAAUAAAAGUAAAGGUUGCUAUUGGCUGAGUCAAAUAUCUAAGUAUAAUUAUCACUGUAAUAUUAACAUGUAUUAACAUAAAUCAGACGGUAUUCCCGCGCGCGUAUGUUUUCAAUAAAAGACAACUCUGUUCCAUCCAAAUGUUACUUGUGAACUUCGCUGAGAAUUGGUUUUUCUCUCCAGUUAUGUUAUAUGUUAAAUUUUAAGUGACGAUAAUACUUAGCUUAUUCCUAAACGACCUUUCAUGCUACUUCGGAUCGAAAUAACGUUGGAGAUCCGUGAAAUUAUUCACUGCUUUCGUGUCUAACCAAUCAAAUCUCUUUAUUUUGAGCCAAUCACAAGUAAGCCCGCCAGGUAUAAAUCAAUAUCCAGAUCCAAUAUUCAUAAAUCGGUUAUCCUGAGUCGUUGAAAAUGGCACGUACGAAACAAACUGCACGAAAAUCGACCGGUGGAAAAGCUCCACGAAAACAGCUUGCCACUAAGGCAGCUCGUAAGAGCGCUCCUGCUACCGGUGGAGUUAAGAAACCUCAUCGUUACAGGCCUGGUACGGUCGCUCUCCGUGAGAUCCGUCGUUACCAGAAAUCCACCGAGCUGUUGAUCCGCAAGCUGCCCUUCCAGCGUCUUGUGCGAGAAAUCGCUCAAGAUUUCAAGACAGAUCUGCGUUUCCAAAGCUCGGCUGUGAUGGCCCUUCAAGAAGCUAGCGAGGCUUACCUUGUUGGUCUGUUUGAAGACACCAACUUGUGCGCCAUCCACGCCAAGCGUGUCACGAUUAUGCCCAAGGACAUUCAGUUGGCACGCCGAAUCCGCGGAGAACGAGCAUAAAUGGACUUCCCUUCGAAUUACAAACGGCUCCUUUAGGAGCCACCACAUAAAUAAAAGCAGUAACCAAACUAUGAGCCCCCAACAACCAACUUUAAAGCCCUAAACUGGAAAUAUGAAAUGAGAAAUUUUACUGACAGAAACUGUUAUAUCACGUUUGCUUGAAGCGCGCCUAACGGCAAGAUCUAGCCGCAAAGUCAUUACAGUUGUUAGACUUAAAUCCGUGGGAAACACUCAUUUUCAUUAUCCAAGAUAAUCAGAACAUACAAAUUUUCCACCAUUUUGCAUUUACAUGUAUUCCUUCAAUGAGCCACGCUAUUUUUUUAAUGCCAACACUAUUUAAAUCAUCAGCCCUUAGUGAUAAUUUUUGUCGUCUUUUGUAUAGGCCUCCCAUAUAAAAACUUCACUCGUAUUCAUGAAUCAUCCAUUUGCAAUAUAAACCACAUUUACUUCAUUACACAAAUGAAACGCACUUUUUAUCAAGAUUACGCAAAAAGCGGCGAACGUUGAAGCUUUCGUUCCUCCUUAUAUUGUCGAAUGGGUUUUUGUUGACGUUUAAAUUUAAUAACGGUCUGCUUUGAAUUGCAUCGAAAGGCUCAUUUUUCGUACACAGGCCUAACUUGUGACUUCCUCUUUCCGACCAAAACUAUGUGAUGAAUGUAAACUUGAAUUUUCCUCGAUGGAGCGCUUGGUAUGUUCGGAAGUCUAGACCUACUACCUUGCUUGGGUCAUAGAAGUGACUCUCUAUCGAUCGACAACGAAUAGACUAGAUCGUCACAAAUAAUAUACUAUUUCACAUAUUUCUGAACUUCACUGAAGAACGUGUAGAAACCCAUCACAGCGUUUACCAAGAAAAUUACAUCGCUAACUAGUUUACAAUGUCUGUUUUGUGAAUAAACUUACAUUUUGAGGAUACAACUCUCAAACUUCACUCUACUCUUGGCAUAAAAUCUGCCCGGGAGUCGAGAGCGCACAACUUAUUCUUGCAAGACUGGCAUAUCAGAAUAGCAACGCAAAUCCGCCACAAUAAACGCACAACCUUGUUUCAUCACCAUUACUUUUCAAACAAUUGCUUCAAUAUUAGCCUUAUCUUCGAGUCAUUUUCUUCAUUCGAGACAUUCAGCAUUGUACCUCUUGUCAAGGUUAAGUAUGAAAUGGUGGACGUUGUAGUUUUGCUCUUCGUGUUCAAAUUUAAAGGCUGCUCUACUUUUGAAUAUGCAUCCAAAUGCUCAUUUUUUCAUACACAUGCAGAAUUUAGUCCCUUACUUUCCUAAAAUAUCUUGUGAAAUGGUAAAGAGCGACUUAAACAGAACUUAUUUUGUCAUUUAUCCAAAGCUCUCUUUGGAAUCUCACUGCUAUAUGGACUUUUGACCCUAAAAUGUCAGUCUUAUGUUAAGUAAAUCAAAAUUUACUUUACACCUACAUUUUUUGAGAUAACGUAGGUAAGCUCUUAAUGAUCAGGAAAGUUCUGAAGUUAUCGAAUUGGCUCGUUAUGAACCGAAAUGUCAAGCAAACUAACACAGUUUGGACGCCGCCAUCUUGUAACAACCCUGUUUCCUCAGUGGUCCGUUCGCGAGGAAUAACAUUACCUUGCGCGCUCCAAGGAAUCAUUACAUGUGUUAGUUCCGAAGGUUCUAAAAUAAUUAACAUGUCCGAAGCAAAUUCCUCUGCUAAAAAGAAGCCGACUGCGCCCAAAAAGCCAGCCGAGCAUCCACCUUAUGCUGACAUGAUCAUAGCUGCUAUCUUAGCGUUGAAAGAGCGAAACGGCUCUUCUCGCCAAGCCAUCGAGAAGUACAUCAAGGCCAACUACAGGGUUGGUGAGGUCGGUCCACACCUGAAGAUGGCUUUAAAGAGGGGCGUCACGAGUGGAAAGUUUGUCCACACCAAGGGAGUUGGAGCUUCUGGUUCCUUCAAGGUGGCCAAGGAGGAAAAGAAGGAGAAGAAGCCGAAGAAGAAGCCAGCAGCAAAGAAGUCUGCUGCUAAACCAAAGAAGCCCGCCGCCAAGAAGGCAGCAAAGAAACCAGCGGCCAAGAAGACCGCAAAGAAACCAGCGGCCGUAAAGAAACCCGCAGCUAAAAAGCCAGCAGUGAAAAAACCUGCAGCUAAAAAACCAGCAGCAAAGAAACCUGCGGCUAAAAAACCAGCAGCGAAGAAGCCCGCCAAGAAAGUAGCAAAGAAAUCGCCGAAGAAGGCCGCCAAGAAAUAA